UAUGUUUCAGUGAGAGAGUAAUGCAGAUGUUGGGCAGUGUCUUCAUUGUGUAAUACGUCUUAGUCCUACCUACCCGGUAUACGUGUGAAAAGAGUGCGCCAAGUCAGAGGAUCAGUGUCUCUUAGUGGACGCAUUUGAUUGUUUCUUAUUCCAGUCUGUACUCACUGCUUUAUGAAAAGCCAUGAACUCCAUGCCUGGUGAAAACAUGGACCGGGUGACGGUGCUAAAAGUGGAUGGCAUGACUUGCCAUUCAUGUGUGAGCAAAAUAGAAACCAACUUAGCUAAGGAGCCAGGUGUCAUUAGCAUUAAGGUCUUACUGGAGGAGAAGGAGGCUUUGAUAAACUACCGGCCCACUGAGACUAACCCAGGAAUACUGGUGGACAAGAUUGAAGACAUGGGCUUUGACGCCAAGGUCAAGGAAAUCCAGUCGAGGAACUCCCAGUAUGAUGCUGGUGCUGCUGUCAAGGAAACGGUGAUCGACAUUGAGGGCAUGACCUGUAUGUCAUGUGUGAGGACAAUCGAAGGGAUGAUUUCAAAACUGGACGGAAUUCAACAGAUAACCGUUUCACUGGAAAACAAAUGUGCUACCAUUUGCUACGACCCUUCCAAAUUGUCUGCCGAUAAGAUUGCGAAUGAGAUUGAUGAUCUUGGAUUUGAUGCCCGAGUUCACAACUCCUAUCCGAUGCAUGACACUGUGACAAUACACGUGGAAGGUAUGACGUGCAUGUCUUGUGUCAAGACUAUUGAAAGCAACAUGUCUUCAAAGGAGGGAGUGAAAGACGUCAAAGUCUCCCUAGCCGAGAAGCAAGCCUUUUUUGUGUACGAUCCAAAGAAAACCAAUCCUGAAGUGCUGUGCUCUGACCUGGAUGACAUGGGCUUCACGGCCUCACUGUUGGACUCUGCAUCAAGUGAGGAUGAGUUUGAGGAUAUUGUCUGGAGAAGACGGAGUGAGGUGGACUUAGUGAAAUCUUCCAAGAAGUCAGAGUGUGUGAUUGACAUAGAUGGGAUGACCUGUGGGUCGUGUGUCAGGAACAUUGAAAACAAUAUCUCAUCCAAGAAGGGCAUAAAGGGCAUCAAAGUUUCACUGGAAAACAGGAACGGAAUUGUGCAGUACGAUAGUUCUUCGACAAGCCCGAAAGCAAUAUCAGAAAUGAUCGAGGAUAUGGGAUUUGAAGCAAAGGUUGUCAGUGAUCAGCAUGGUCCUUCGUCGAAGAAAGCCAAACUGACAAACAUUGUGAUCAAAAUCCAAGGGAUGACAUGUCAGUCCUGUGUUAAGACGAUAGAGAACAAAAUUAGUGACCAUCAUGGAGUGAAGAGAAUCAAAGUUUCACUGGCGGACCAGAAAGCUGAAGUGACAUUUUAUCCAGACAAAGUGUCGUCCAUAACAUUAAGAGAUGCAAUCAAUAAUAUGGGCUUCGAAGCAUCAUUAUCAGAAAGUCUCGGCAAGAGCUUGGAGCCCACGAUUGAAUUCAUUAAAUCUAUCAGUACCUCUGUUUCACAAACGUCCGUCAAAUUCCAGAAGAAUGGUGAUAUUGAAGUUGAGGAGUUUGAGAAAUGUUACUUGAAAGUAACCGGCAUGACAUGUGCUUCCUGUGUAGCAACAAUAGAGAAAAACAUUGGGAAGAUUGAAGGCAUCCAGUCUGUGCUGGUGGCUCUGAUGGCCCAGAAGGCCGAGGUGAAGUACGACCCCGCCUACAUCCUCCCGUCUCAGAUUGCGAGCGCGAUCAAUGAGCUCGGUUUCCGGGCAUCCGUCAUGGAGGUGGACGGUGCAGGGGAGGCAACCAUUGAGCUCACCAUCAAGGGCAUGACCUGCUCCUCAUGUGUUCACCUCAUCGAGUCUACACUAAAGAAGAAACCAGGCAUCAUAUUGGCUUCAGUUGCAUUGGCGACAUCGAAAGGGAAGUUUACUUACAAAACUGAUGACACAGGACCAAGGGAUGUCAUUGACAUCAUCAAGUCUUUAGGUUUCGAGGCUCACCUGGUAACCGAUGACGACGAUAUUGCUCGAUACGACCACAGAGAUGAAAUAAAAAGGUGGCGAAGCUCAUUUUUGCUGUCCCUGGUGUUUGGUCUACCAGCCAUGAUUGUGAUGGUGUACUUCAUGUUUCACAAACCGGCCGGCGCACAUGUGGCUGUGGUUUCAAAUGAGACACAUGUGGAAAACAUAUCUACUACUCCAAAACCUAAAGCUUCAAUGCCAGGGCAUUACCAAAUCAUGGUUAUUCCUGGACUGUCUGUGGAAAAUCUUCUGCUUUUCCUCUUGUCAACUCCAGUUCAGUUUAUUGGUGGCCGAUAUUUUUACAUCCAGGCUUAUAAAGCUGUCAAACAUCGAGCAACAAAUAUGGAUGUUUUGGUUGUCUUGGCAACUACAAUAUCGUAUACAUAUUCUGUGAUAAUUAUUGUGGUUGCGAUGAUCAUCAAGGAGCCGACAAGUCCAAUGACGUUCUUUGAGACGACCCCGAUGUUGAUGGUGUUUAUUUCACUGGGCAGGUGGCUGGAACACAUUGCUAAGGGUAAGACAAGUGAAGCACUGGCCAAGCUGAUGUCCCUGCAGGCCUCGGAGGCAGUUCUAGUGGAGGUGGACAAGGAGUACAACAUUCUCAGGGAGGAGACAAUCAGUGUGGAUCUAGUGCAGAGGGGAGAUGUCUUAAAGGUGGUGCCAGGUGAAAAGAUUCCAGUGGAUGGCAGAGUUCUGGAUGGGACGUCAACAUGUGACGAGUCACUCAUAACAGGAGAGAGUAUGCCAGUCCCCAAAAAGACAGGUAGCUCUGUUAUCGGAGGUUCGAUUAACCAACACGGCAUGCUGCUGGUAGAGGCCACACAUGUGGGAUCGGACACCACCCUGUCACAGAUCGUGAAACUCGUCGAGGAGGCUCAGACGUCAAAGGCUCCGAUCCAGAACCUGGCUGACAAGAUCGCUGGUAUCUUUGUACCCAUUGUGUGUAUCCUCUCACUUCUCACUCUCACUGUAUGGGUCGUUCUUGGCUUUGUCGACAUCAAAUACAUCGUUCCAGAUUUCCAGGAUGGCGGUUCAGUUCUGAAGCAUGAAGCGAUCUUUGAGAAGGCGUUCCAGUACGCCAUCACAGUGCUGAGUAUUGCAUGUCCGUGUGCACUGGGGCUGGCCACGCCCACUGCCGUGAUGGUGGGGACCGGGGUGGGAGCCAUUAAUGGAAUCCUCAUUAAGGGAGGAGAACCUCUGGAGACCACACACAAGGUUAAAUGUGUGGUGUUUGACAAGACGGGCACAGUAACAUACGGUAUUCCACGGGUCACUCGGGUCUCCAUGUUCGUGGAUGAGAAAGAUUGCUCAUUUGUGUCUCUCCUGGCCAUUGCCGGAACAGCUGAAGCCAGCAGUGAACACCCCAUAGCAUCGGCCAUUGUCAAAUAUGCCAAAGAGACACUGAAGACGGAGUAUCUUGGAAAGGUGAAGAACUUCAGUGCAGUCCCAGGCUGUGGACUCAAGUGUGAUGUAACUCAAAUCGAACCUUUGUUAGCUACGUUAGACAUGGAAGGUGUGAACAACCGCAAAAACCGGGUUGGGAGCAUCAAUAUCAAAACAGAUCACUCCCUAUAUGGUGAUAUAGAGCUGGCAACAAUGCUUAUUGCAGAUGCAUUUAUAUCAGCGUCUUCCUCAAAGACUUACGAAGUUCUGAUUGGAAAUCGUGAAUGGAUGCAUCGUAAUGGUCUGGUUGUGACAGACGACAUGGAAACCGUAAUGACGGAGCACGAAGAACAGGGCCAUACAGCUGUUCUCUGUGUCAUUGAUAGAGUGAUUGUGUCGAUGCUGGCGGUGGCCGACAUGGUUAAGUCUGAGGCUCACCUGGCCGUGCACUGUCUGAAGCGCAUGGGUCUACAAGUGAUUCUGCUCACCGGGGACAACAACAAGACGGCUAAGGCCAUCGCUAAACAGAUUGGAGUGACUCGGGUCUUCUCUGAAGUGCUUCCGUCACACAAGGUGAAGAAGAUAAAACAACUUCAGAAGCAAGGCUUGAAGGUCGCCAUGGUUGGAGAUGGCGUGAACGACUCGCCAGCCCUGGCUCAGGCUGAUGUGGGUAUUGCUAUCGGCACGGGAACGGAUGUAGCAGUGGAAGCAGCCGAUAUUGUCCUCAUUAAGAGUGAUCUGCUGGAUGUGUACUGCGCCAUUAAGCUAUCCAAGAUGACAGUUCGGCGGAUCCGGUUCAACUUCAUUGCAGCCUCUGUGUACAACCUCAUUGGUAUUCCUGUCGCUGCAGGUUUGUUUGUGCCUCUUGGAUUAUCUUUGCGUCCAUGGAUGGCCUCUGCUGCCAUGGCGAUGUCAUCAGUCUCAGUAGUUGUGUCAUCGUUGUUACUCAAACUUUUCAAAAAACCACAGAAAGACAAAAUGAUCACCACAGACUAUUUUAAGAAAUUUUAUGAUGAUCAAAAUAGUGACAAUAUUUCUCUCCACCGUGGAAUGGAUGAAGACCCACCAAGCACAAAGGGCAGCAAACAGGGGAGCCUACUCUCGCGGCUUAGCAACAAACCCAAGAUGAUCAACCCUGAUCACAUCAGCUUGUUAGCUCCAGAAGAUAUUCAUGAGAAUACUUAAUUGCCAGUCAUUUUGUUUUGUUGAGAAUAUAAGGAUAAUAUUUUAAUAUAAACUAAUUUUUUAUUGUGUAAAGUAUUUGUAGAUUGAUCCUUUUUCAGUUCUGUAACUAGUCACAAUGCACAUCAAUCAAAAGUGAUCAUUGUAUAACAAUUUUUGUGUCUAAAUAUUACAUUGUAUUAUGCGGUUGUGAUAAGUAAACAAUGAUUAUGUUAAAAUGAGAUUGAUAUUACUAUGUAUUGCACAUGCAUAAUUUUUGAAAUUUUUAAUGUUGAUAUCAAAUUGAAGUCACAAAAGUGUCCUUUAACUCUUCAUAUAUAGGUAUGUUCACAGUAAGCGGGUAAUUAUAAAUAAAUACUGUAUGAGUAUUUAUGCCAAAUAGGUUUCAGGUGCAGGAUAGUUGUUUGUUAAUGUAUUGAAAUCAUUGAUUUAGUAUGUGUCUAAGGGUUCUUCUCAUUAAAACUCACACUAUUUUCUGUACAGCUUAAAGGGUGUUCUCAUCAUGCGAUUAACUGCACCAACUUGUUACGUACUGUGAGAACACCAAAAUUGGUACGACAUUAGUCUUAUGUGACAAGUUGUACCAAUUAGACAUGUCCUAUUUCUUAUGACAAAUUGUAUGCGACAAGUCAGUGCGAUAAUUUGCAUAUUGAGAAUCCUGCUGUACGUGAGUACAAGAUAACGUGUAUGCAGUUUGUACUGUGAGCAUCAACAACAAAGUUUACUGUAUGUGGGUGUGCAGGGAGGAGGUUAGCAAGAAUCACUUGUCAUGUUAUGGUGAAGUGUUUUUUGCACACGUAUAAAAUAAAAAUGUAAGUGGACAGAGAGUUACACUGUUUUCUACACUAUGAUUUUGGACAAAGGAAUAAAGGGAUGUAAUUAUGCAAAGGUGUUUUACAGAAUGGCUACACACACCCAGCUCCAAAAAAUACAGUGUUGUUAUCAAGACACUGUCUUCUACCAUUAUAGAGAAAACAAAACAAAAUUUGCACAGUACAAAUGUUUGUAAAAUGUUUUAUCAUUAUGAUUAAGAAACAGAUUGUUAACAGUAAGAAUGGUAGUUAACACCAUUGAAGAUGACUGACCACAAACGAAAUGGCUACCACAAUCCUCAAUUUUGGCUUUGACACUAAAGGUUUUUAAAUUUUUAGCCCACCCAAAUUAAAAAAGUUAAUUAUCCAAAUUAAAAUUAGUAUAUAUCAUUAUCCUAGCAAAGACAAUUAUUUGUAAAUGCUUAUUUGAUGAUAUUUUACUGUUUUACUGUUGAUCAUAUACUGUAAACAAGUUGUACGCUAAUCUAGGUUUAUCAAAUACAAUAUGUACAUGUUU